GCCGGGGGAGCAGCGGAGCCGCCCCGGGCGGAGCGGGCGCGGGGGGCCCAUGGGGCCGGUGCGGCCGUGAGCGCUCCGCUCGGUUCGGCUCGGCCCGGCGGGGGCAGCCCCGCGGAGCCAUGGACGGACACGCGGCUCCGGGCGCGGGCGGCGAGGAGCCGCUGAGCUCCGGCAGGAUGAACGCGAAGCGCGGCGGGCGCGCCGCGGAAGAGGAGAGCCGGAACAAGCCCAAGCUGAAUAUUCAAAUAAAAACUUUGGCAGAUGAUGUGCGUGACAGAAUCACAAGCUUCAGGAAAUCAGCUGUGAAGAAGGAGAAGCCUCUCAUUCAGCAUCCCAUUGACUCCCAGCCUUCCAUCAGUGAGAUCCCACAUGCCCAGGCACUUGUUGAUGAGCGCUGCAUGAACUUAUCAGAGAAAGAAGUUAUGGAUCUCUUUGAAAAAAUGAUGGAGGACAUGAACCUGAACGAGGAACGUAAAGCUCCUCUGCGAGACAAGGACCUGAGCACCAAACGUGAGAUGGUUGUCCAGUACAUUUCUGCAACUGCCAAAUCCAUAGUCGGAAGUAAAGUUCCGGGGGGACUCAAAAACAGCAAGCACGAAUGUACCCUGUCCUCACAAGAAUACAUCCAUGAGCUGCGGUCUGGAAUUUCAGAUGAGAAACUUCUUAAUUGCCUGGAGUCUUUGAGAGUGUCUCUAACCAGCAACCCUGUCAGCUGGGUUAACAAUUUUGGACAUGAAGGUCUUGGGCUCCUGUUGGAUGCGUUGGAAAAGCUUCUGGACAAGAAACAGCAAGAAAGUAUUGAUAAGAAGAAUCAACAUAAACUUAUCCAGUGCCUCAAAGCAUUUAUGAACAAUAAAUACGGUUUGCAAAGGAUCCUAGGAGAUGAAAGGGGCCUCUUGCUGCUGUCAAGAGCAAUUGAUCCAAAGCAACCCCACAUGAUGACUGAGACAGUGAAAAUCCUUUCUGCUAUCUGCAUUGUUGGGGAGGAAAACAUGCUGGACAAGCUGUUGGGUGCUAUAACCACUGCUGCUGAGAGGCACAACAGGGAGGAACGCUUCUCCCAGAUCGUGGAGGGCCUGGAGAACCACGAGUUCAUCCAGCUGCAGAUUGCAUGUAUGCAGCUCAUCAAUGCUCUUGUUACAUCUCCUGAGGACCUUGACUUCAGGAUACACUUGAGAAAUGAGUUUUUACGUUGUGGCCUGAAGAAAAUAUUGCCUGCCUUGAAAGAUAAGGAAAAUGAAGAGCUCGAUAUUCAGCUGAGGGUGUUUGAUGAGAACAAAGAUGAAGACCACUUUGAACUGUCACAUCGUCUCAAUGACAUCAAAGCUGAAAUGGAUGAUGUGAGCGAAGUAUUUCACCUGCUGUACAAUAUGGUGAAAGAUACUUCUUCUGAAAAUUACUUCUUGUCAAUUCUCCAACAUUUCCUGCUGAUCAGGAACGAUUACUAUGUCCGACCUCAGUAUUACAAGAUCAUAGAAGAGUGUGUGUCUCAGAUAGUGCUGCACUGCAGUGGCAUGGACCCAGAUUUUAAAUACAGAGGAAGGAUGGACAUCAAUUUUACACAGCUUGUUGAUGCGUGUGUGGACAAGGCUAAAGUAGAAGAGAGUGAAAAGAAAGCAGCAGAAUUUUCCAGGAAGUUUGAUGAGGAGUUCACAGCUCGACAAGAGGCACAAGCAGAGCUGCAGAAACGAGAGGAGAAAAUCAAAGAACUUGAAUCAGAAGUCAAACAGCUCCGGACCCAGGGUCCAGGCCUGACAGAAGCCCCAGCAAUGCCUCCAGCCCACCCAAGUGAGAACGUCCCACCAUCCCCAGCGCCCUCACUCCCAGCUGGAGCCAUCCCUCCUCCUCCUCCCCUCCCUGGUGUAGGGAUCAUUCCUCCUCCUCCUCCAUUACCCGGUGGAGUAACAAUUCCUCCACCCCCUCCCCUGCCUGGCGGGGUAACAAUUCCUCCCCCACCUCCUUUGCCAGGUGGAGUAACAAUUCCCCCGCCCCCUCCCCUGCCAGGUGGAUCAGCAAUCCCUCCCCCUCCUCCCUUACCUGGGGCAUCCCUUCCUCCCCCUCCCCCUCCUCUGCCCGGUGCAGCCAUCCCAGCUCCCCCUCCUCUGCCCGGUGUGCCCCCAGCGCCCCCUCUGCCCGGGGGAGCAGUGCCCCCUCCUCCCCCUCUGCCCGGAGGGACGGGGCCUCCUCCUCCUCCUCCUCUGCCCGGGGGCGCGAUCCCUCCCCCGCCGCCUUUCGGGGGGCCCCCAAUGCCUCCCCCCCUGGGAGGGGCCCCCUUUGCCCCCUUCCCCAUGGUGCCAGCGCUGCCCCACGGGAUGAAGGAGAAGAAGAAGUAUAAGCUGGAAGUGUCCAUGAAGAGAAUCAACUGGUCAAAGAUCGAGCCUCAAGAAAUAGGAGAAAACAGCUUUUGGGUAAAAGCUGAAGAAGAUAAAUUUGAAGACCCGGAGCUGUUUGCAAAAUUGGCACUUACCUUUGGAACCCAAAUGAAAGCCAAAAAGCCUGUAGAAGAAUCAGAAGAAAAGAAAGCAGCUCAGUCAAAGAAGAAGAUCAAAGAAUUAAGAGUUUUGGAUGGAAAAUCUGCACAAAAUUUAUCAAUAUUUUUGGGUUCCUUCCGUUUGCCUUACGAAGAAAUAAAAAAUAUCAUUUUAGAGGUGGAUGAGGAGAAGCUGAGUGAAUCCUUGAUCCAGAACCUGGUGAAGAAUCUUCCUGAGCAGAAGGAGCUCAAUGCCUUAGCUGAAUUAAAGGAUGAAUACAACGACCUUGCUGAGCCCGAGCAGUUUGGAGUUGUGAUGAGCUCGGUGAAGAUGCUGCGCGCGCGGCUCAACGGGAUCCUGUUCCGGCUGAUGUUCGAGGAGCACGUCAACAACAUCAAGCCCGACAUCAUGGCUGUCACCCUGGCCUGCGAGGAGCUCAAGAAGAGCGAGAGCUUCAGCAAGCUGCUGGAGCUGGUGCUGUUCCUGGGCAACUACAUGAACUCUGGCUCCAGGAACGCGCAGUCCCUGGGCUUCAACAUCAGCUUCCUCUGCAAGAUUCGAGAUACAAAAUCAUCAGACCAGAAAACCACCCUGUUGCACUUCCUGGCAGAAAUCUGUGAGGAGAAUUACAGGGACAUCCUGAAAUUCCCAGAUGAGCUGCAGCACGUGGAGAGUGCGAGCAAAGUUUCAGCCCAGACUCUGAAGAGCAACCUGGAUUCCAUGAACCAGCAGAUCCAGCGCCUGGAGAAGGACAUUGAGAACUUCCCCAAGAGCCAGGACGAGCACGACAAGUUUGUGGAGAAGAUGAGCAGCUUUGCUGAGAGUGCCCGAGAACAAUAUGAAAAACUGUCCAACAUGCACAACAACAUGACAAAACUGUAUGAAAAUCUGGGAGAGUACUUCACCUUUGAUCCCAAAGCAAUAAGCAUAGAAGAAUUCUUUGGUGAUCUGAGCAACUUCAGAACGCUCUUCUUGGAGGCGUUAAAAGAAAACAACAAAAGGAGAGAAUUGGAGGAGAAGACCAAGAGGGCCAAGCUGGCCAAGGAGAAGGCGGAGCGGGAGAGGCUGGAGAGACAGAAGAAGAAGCAGCAGCUGAUUGAUAUGAACAAAGAGGGUGAUGAGACGGGGGUGAUGGACAGCCUGCUGGAGGCCCUGCAGUCGGGAGCAGCGUUCAGGGACCGCAGGAAACGAACGCCGCGAGCGCAAGAUAACAAACGAGUGACUUUGGAAAGGUCUCGUUCUCGACACAACGGAGCAAUUGCAGCUGUAUGAUUCUUCUGAUGCCAAAGAAUUAAUGAAUUGUUUUAUUUACAAUGAAAUGGAUGUGCUUUGGGAAGAGUUUAUCAUCCAAAUUGGCAAUGAUCAUAAAGGAAUACUGGUAUUGAUUAAAUGAGAUGGUGUAAGAAUAUGUAAUUUUAAAGCAGUUGCUAAAAAUAAUCCACAUACUGUAUCUUAUUACCCCAACUACCAAGAUCUGUAAACAGUGUUAAACAGUAGGGUAUAUAUCUUAUUUUCUUAUGUUCUUUCUUUUUUUCCACCCCUUUUUGUUUAAGCUGGCAACUCACAUGAAAGGAGUUGGGGAUUUCUAGGUUAUGUUUUAUAUGGGUAAGAAAAUACACUUCUGUUGAAAGAGUACAGCUGUGGAUUCCAUUUGCAGUUCUGAUUUGAACAUGAAAGGAAAAAUAAUAAAAUUGUAUGUUAAUAAAUUCAGAGAUGAGCUGGUCUACAUUAUCAGAAUCUUUUUUGUAACCAUAAAAAGGCAACACAUAGCCCCAGUCAGGUUGCUGAAAACCUUAUCUCAGUGUAAAGCCUGGUGGAUUCAGCUGCCAGUGGGAUACACCACAUAUCUACACUUCUGAUAUGAUGAGGUGUAGUUACUUAUCACUGCUAAAAAGAAAAAAAAAAAAAUUAAAUCAAACAGAGCAUAGGAUUUUUCCAAAAUUGUAUCAAGGGCAGAAUAUGUUUUUCACUGUAUCUAAGGAGGGAUUUUUCUAAUUGUGCACUUAUAUAUUCUUUAUAAAGCUGUUUGGGGGAAAGUGUGAUUGUCCUAUUUUGAUGAUGCUAAAAUGCCUGUGUGUAGGUUUUUAGAGACAAGCUACACGGCGAAGUUUUUCAGAACUGCCUCUGAGUUUUUCCUCUGUUUCUCAGGUAAAGCACCUAGGGGGUCUCCACUGGUGGAUUUUAGUGCUGAGGGUUCAGCAGCUACCAACCCAUUUCCGAGCUGGAGCGCUGCCUGGCAGCGACCAAGGCUGAUUUUUGGGAACUCCUCCCGUUGCCCUGUGUGCCCAGGCCCUUGCACUGCAGCUCCUCAGGGAGCAGCUGCCUCUGUUUGUCCUGGCACGAAUCCUGGGGAAAUCAAAUCCUCCCUCCCUGUCCCCUUCGUCCCCAUCCGGGAGGGGAUGGAGGGUUUGGAGUGGAAUUCCAGUGGAACUACUGCAAAAGUUGCUGAGCUAUGAUGUUUGUAAAGGAUCAGGAUGCUCUGCAGCAGCUGGCACUUGUUCUCAGAUUAUUAAUGCUUAUCACUGAUUGAUGAAAUUUUAUUGUGGAUGCUUUUAUUGCCUGGGGUUGUGGGGAACUUGGGGUUUUUUAGUGUCUGUAAAGGCUGUCUGGAAGGUGAGGUGUCAGUGGUUGCUGUGCACAAACUCCUUGCUCUGGAGGGACUUUGCUCCUGGGGCAGUGGAUCUUUGCACUACUGCUUGAGCCAAGCAUCUUUGUACAGAAAAUUCUUUUUGCUUCUCUGCUGACAUCCUCUCAAAACUAUUGGACUAGUUUGGGAUAGAUUCCCACAAUCACAAACUGCGUUGUUGUAAGAAAAGAUACAGCUCCUUUUCAAUCUAGUAUUGAAUUGUAAUUUUUAUUUUUUUUUUCAAAGACUACAGGGGGUUUGCCCAUAGCUCUAAACAUAGGAAUACCACUGAAGCCUAGUGAAAUGCUUGCUGUCAACUAAAUACUCUCCCUAAACAGUUUGGGGGCUUUAGGAACAAACUGAAGAGUUGUAUGGUACUUCAGGAAAAAAAAAGAGAAAAAAAAGCAUGCAACAGGAUUUUAUCCUUGUUUAUCAGUAAGAGCUAAAAAGAAUGAAAGAAUUCCAUCCUGUUUCGUGCAAGGUCAACACCAGCCUUGUAUUGAAGCCCUGCUUCUUGAAAUGGAACUAUUAAAUUUACACUUAUAAAAAUGUGCUUAAUGUACAAAGCCAGUUUAAAGGAUUAGGUUCAUAAUGUCUAUAAAAAUCAAUAGUGUCUUAGAAUUCAGACUUUGAAAUUAGCAUUUUGCUGGGAUUUACAAGUAUUGGUAUAAUCUUUCUAUGUGAAAACUCAAAAGCUCUCCACAGAAUCUUUAUACGAUAGCAGUAGUUAUUAGUGCACAAGUUUCUCAUUUCCAUGGGUUUUAAUUUUUUUUUGAAAGCUCUGUGAAAGCUGGCUACAGAUUUUCAAGAACCAAAUCUUAGGAAAAAAAGGCAAAUCCAAAAUAACAACAUCAUCUGAUGCUUCUAUUUUACUACUAUUUUUUUCAUAUUUGAAACAUUUAUAUAAUUUAAUGGACAUAUCUGUUAGAACGAAAGUGUCUUUCAAAGGAAAACUAGUUUAGAAGAUAAUUUAUGUAAAUAUAGGGUGCUCGUAUUUAUGAAGUCUAAAAUAUUUUCUGAAAUUGAUGCUGGUCACUUUGUCUUUUGAUAGUUUUUCAGUCUAUAUUAAAUUGCAGAUAUUUUUAAUGUUUUUAUUAUUGAUCUAAUUUUCAGAGGUGUCACAUGUUUAUCUAGAAGUGUAGAAGAGUAGCACCUUUUUCAGAAAUGCACUUGCCUUAUUUUCUAAUUUUAAAAAAAAUGAAAUAUAUCAGUUAAAUUAUAUUUGUAUUCAAAGUAAUCCCAGAAAGAAAAUCACUGGAGGGUUCAUACAUAAAUUUCUUGCUAAUUAUGUUUCACUCUCUGUCCUCUGAGACAUGACGUUAACAAUAUACCAGCACAUCUGUUUGCAUUCACAUUUUACCAGUUACAAGUUCCGAGAGAGUUUGGUUUGUUUUUUUUUAACGAUGUUACACUGUUUACAUUUCUUAGUUUAUUUAAGAGGAAGAUAAUUUUACCUUUGCGAUGAAUCGAACCCAACCUCCGAAUGUGGCGGGAAUGGGAAGUUUCAGUGCUGUACAAAUGUUCCGUAUCUGUGUGAGCUCAGGGCUGGGCAGGCGCUGGGCUCCUCCUGCUCCAGUUUUGUGCAGUUUGCUGGGAGAGCAAUGCAGCUGCCCUGUCCUGUGUGUCUGUGUGGGAUCCGCAGGGAUCCAUCCAGCACACCCGAGAUAAAUCUGAUUUUUUGGCUGAAACCAGAACAGGAGCAGUGCUCAGAGGGCACUGGCAAACAGAAACGCUGUCCCUUGUUCUGGUUUCAGCUGGCUGUGGUCAAUAUGAGCAGUGUGAUCUGAAAUGAUCUGUUCUUCUUGAGAAUUGAGAUACAAGAGCGUUCCCACAGUUCCCUUCUGUAAUAUGCAAAUAAUCAUGAAUAUCUGUAUAUUUUUGCAUUUUUGUGUGUGGUAUAUGUACUACCUCAGACAAAUGCUGUAAAAAACCGUAAUAUUUUCAUGGUUUCUAUCCAAGCCACAAUUCAUUAGUAACCUGCUUUAAAUUCAUCCCACAACACACCAAACUCUGAGAAUCUGGCUGAGUUUUAGGUUUGGCUCUGGAAACCCUCCUUUAGCUUUUGUUAAGGAAACUUUGCAGCCUUCAGCUUUCACAUCCCUCAGGCAAUCCCUGCUUUGAUGGGUGGCUCCAGCCCUUCCUACCCUGAGAAUGAUCUAGCUGGUGAAUAUUCCAAACAGGUGAUAGUUCUGUGGGAGCAAACUUCCCUGUGUGUGUAAAUUGCUUUUUUUCCAUUCAGCAAAGGCUUGGCUGAGUUCUACUUUGCUGUUUGCCUUCCAAGUGCUGCAAGGUCGGGCAGGACAUGUGCUGAGCAAUGUCCGGCCCGCCUCUGAUGUGCCAUACUGUAUUUGCAAGUUUCAACUCAUUUUCGAGACAAGUCUUGUGAGGAACCUCUUCCCCCGCGGUGUCUCCGCACCCGCCCGCGCAUGCACACGAAAUGUAAAUAAAAAAUAACUUAAAAAAGAAAAAAAAUAAAUGAAUCCGAGCAGAUGCAGCCAAAUGCCUCAGCUGCAGGUGUCCCCAGGUGUGCCAGCGCUGCCUCUGUGCUGCAGGGAGGGAGUGGUGUGAGCGCCCUGCAGUCCUGAGGCACCCACUGGAGCCACGGGGAGGGGAAAGGAGAAGGAUUUGUCCUUGGGGUGCUUUUAGCACUGUUUGAGGUGAUACAUAUGCCACAGAAUAUGAACAAUAACCUAUCACACUUCAGUCAAUCUGCUACCACGCACCGUUUGAUUUCCCUUUUGGAAGUCAUAGGACUCCUGAUGCCAAAAAAAAAAAAAAAAAAAAAGAUUAAAAAAAAAAAUAAAAAGGUGACAAAACUCAUGCAUUUCUAUUUUUUAAACAGCUCUGUGUUUGUAUGUAAUGUUUAAAAUAGGAAUUUGAUGAAAUCACAGCCUGGCCAUUGUUAAUCCAUGUAUUCUGAAAACUGUAAUAAAGAUAUACAUACCAUGA